GUUCGUACAGGCAGAAUGUAGUUGACUCUUUUCUUGGAAGAUUCAACGCGCUGUCCACAUAAACAAAGUGUCUAAGUUAAUAGUAAAAGUAAAAUUCUUUAGAGAUCAGUAUGGAUUUCGAUCGCGUGCUUGAGAAGUGCGGAAACUUUGGACGGUUUCAGUUUGUCCUACUAAUUCUGUACGGCUACACCAAUAUACUCAGCUCUUUGCACUAUUUCUCACAGACCCUCAUUACUUUUACCCCAGAACAUUGGUGCUCCCACGAUGACUUGAUGGGCUUGAGUGCCGAGGAGCUGAGAUCCAUUUACUCCAACGUAUCGCACACCUCCUGCACUCUUCUUUCGGAGGUGGUUAAUGGCACUGGCGUUGCCUCAGAGGAGGAGUCCUGUCAGGAUUGGAUCUUCGAGAGGGAGAACGGCUACGAAAGUCUCACCACCGAGCUAAAGUGGGUCUGCGACAAAUCCCACCAGCCGGCUGUGGGUCAAUCCUUCUUUUUCCUGGGCUCAGUGGUGGGAACAAUAUCUUUCGGAUUUCUUUCGGAUCAUAUUGGCCGACUGCCCGCCAUGCUGAUGGCCUCGUUGUCCGGUGCGACUGGUGACUUUAUCACCUCCUUUGUCCACACGCUGCCCUGGUUCGCCUUCUCCAGAUUUGUAUCGGGAUUGUCCACGGAUACCAUGUACUACCUCAUGUACAUCUUGGUCUUCGAGUACCUUAGUCCCAAGCGUCGCACCUUUGGUCUGAACAUCAUCCUGGCAGUUUUCUACUGCUUCGGCCUGAUGACCUCGCCCUGGAUCGCCAUGUGGAUUGGCAACUGGCGUCGCUACCUCUGGCUGGCUUCCUUGCCAGCUCUGGGUGUCCUCAUAUAUCCACUCCUCAUCUGCGAAAGUGCCCAGUGGCUGUUGACCAAGAAGAAGUACGAUGAGGCGGUCCAGUGCCUGAAGAAGGUGGCCAAGUUCAAUGGUCGCCAGGUGGAGGACUCCGUCUUCGACGAGUUUGUCAAGCACUAUCGCGAGAAGAUGAACGAGGAGAGCAAGCUGAACAAGCAGACGGACACUUUCCUGGGGAUGUUUAAGUCUCCCCGGCUGCGUCGUUUCACCACCACUCUGCUGGUUAAAUCGGUCAUAAUUACGCUCUCCUACGACGUGAUCAACAGGAACAUGGAGGGUCUGGGCUCCUCGCCCUUUAAGCUGUUCUCGCUGACCUCCAGUGUUUACCUGCCAGCGGGAUUCACCAUUUUGCUGCUACAGAACAAGAUCGGUCGCAAGGGCAUGGCUUGUGGAGCUCUACUGGUGGGUGCAAUUAUCACCGCCGCCACAGGAUUCCUGAUCGCGGUAUUGGAUCCCAAUGAGAACGCCAUCCUGCUGGCCUUGAUGGUGGGUCUGGGCCGAUUUGGCACCACCGUCUCCUACGAUGCAGAGAUCCAAUAUGCCGCCGAGAUCAUUCCGACCAGUGUGCGCGGCCAGGCGGUGUCCAACAUCCAUGUGGUGGGCCUGGCCUCCAGCUCACUGGCCUUCUAUGUGAUCUACCUGGCGCAGUACUACAAGCCACUGCCCUCGAUCUUUAUCAGCAUUCUGAUGUUCCUGGGCGCUCUGCUCUGCCUCACCCUUCCAGAAACUCUGCACAAGAAACUCCCCGAAACCCUGGCCGAUGGCGAGCGGUUCGCGAUGAACGAGAGCUGCCUGUACUUCCCAUGCUUACACAAACGCCGCGAAAGUCUGACCAAGCAUGAGGACCUCAAGUCUGAACCCUAAACCCUAGAGAACGAUGCACCUGAAAGCUGACUGCUGUUUAACCUGCUAGCCACUUAACCUGAUGAUGGGGCCGACGGAAUGUUGACCCCUGUAACCGAAUGGUCUGAUAGUUAUUACUCAUGUGAAGGAUGCAUAGUAAUUAAACAAAAACCGUUGUUUAGAAUACAUUUAUCCAACCUAUAUAUCCACAACAGAACUGGUAUAAAUAUAUGAUGUACUCCUUUUCUUUCACAAUAAAUUUAUAAAUAUUUAAAAAGCAAAUGGA